AUGUCGGCGCGAGGAAAUUUCCGUGGCUCAUACAGUGGUCAGUAUCCCGCAAGGGGCCAUUAUAGCCAGGGACCACAUUCUUCCGGCCAUGCUACGCCCAGUUCAUCUUUCCAUGGCACGCCCCCGGCCCAGUCGCCUUAUAGCGGCGGCAGGGGCAAUUGGGGUGGACAGCAACAGUAUUCACCGCAGAGCCAAUAUCCGCCGCAGUUCCCACCGAACGGCUACGCACCGACUGCACCUGCGGCACAUUUCCAAGGCAGCCAGGCCAACUCACCCCCCGUAGGCACCCCUACCGGACCAAGCCACCAAUUUUCUCAAAGCCCGUAUCGCGGAGGGUAUAGGGGGUCAUCCAGCGGCGGAUAUCGAGGAAAUAGCGCGGGCCCUGGGGCUGGUCGAGGUGCCAGCCGUGGCGGGUUCAAGAGCGGGCACUGGGGAUCCAGUGGCAGCGGCUCCAGAGCUGCUUCGAGUCAGCCUGAAGAUGCGGGCUCAGGACGUGCAAGCCCGCAAGCAGGCUUAAGUAUAGGUGACCAGGGCUCAUCCCAUGGCGAGGUGGGAACGCACGAGAACGAAAAUCCCUUCAGGCCGCCCAAGGAGUUCCAGGUGGAGGACACGGCCAUGGACGAGGGGAAUGACGAAGAACCAAUGCCAGCUCCGGCAACCCGGCCGCCUCCAACAGGCCCUGCGGCAGAGAAGAAGAUCAGUUUCGCGCUCAAAUCAACCCCAAAGGCGCCCGUGACAGCCCCGAAGUUCGAGAUAUCCUCGAAAUUCAACGCGCCAACGAAGAAGGAUCCACCAAAGGAGUCUAAUCGUCACGACCCUCGAGAUCGGGACAGUCGCGAUGCUCGAGAGCCACGAGAUCAUCGGGAUAACCGAGACAACCGCGACCAUCGCGACCAUCGUGACAGCCGAGAUGUCAAGGGCAGCCGAGACCAUCGAGAGCACGCCCCACAUAAGCACGUUACAGACGGUCGAGAUCUGCCAAGAAAUGUGCCAACAGAGCCCCGGGCGGCCAAAGAGCAACAGAGGCGCCAGGAGCAGCAGAAGCCUCGAGAACCUCGGGAACCUCGAGUACGUAUGGUGAAGAGGAAGAUGAAGCGCUUGAAGGAGAAGCCCGCCCUUCCAGAUCACCUGGCAGCUUCCGAUUCUGUCUACUUCCGGAAGCCCGGCAAUGAAUCUGUCAUUGGUGCCGGCACGUACGGGAAGGUGUUCAAGGCGCUCCACGUCUACACCAAGAAGCUCGUUGCUCUGAAGAGGAUUCGCAUGGAAGGUGAGAGGGAUGGCUUCCCGGUGACAGCUGUUCGAGAGAUCAAGCUUCUGCAGUCUCUCAAGCACAUCAACAUUGUUGCACUGCUCGAGGUCAUGGUCGAGAAAAACGAGUGUUACAUGGUGUUUGAGUACAUGUCGCAUGACUUGACAGGUAUUCUCAACCACCCCACCUUCAAGCUCGAAGCGGCGCACAGGAAACAUUUGUCGAAGCAACUGUUCGAGGGCCUCGACUACUUGCACCAGCGCGGCGUUCUGCACCGAGAUAUCAAAGCUGCCAACAUCUUGGUUAGCAGCGAUGGUAUUCUCAAGUUGGCCGACUUCGGUCUCGCCCGCUUUUACGCUAAGCGGCACCAACUUGACUACACAAACCGAGUCAUCACCAUAUGGUACCGCUCUCCAGAGUUGCUACUCGGUGAGACUCAAUACAGUCCUGCCGUAGACAUUUGGAGCGCAGCUUGCGUCAUGAUCGAGAUCUUCACACGGCGUGCCGUCUUCCCUGGUGAUGGUGGCGAGAUCAGUCAGCUGGACAAGAUCUACUCUGUCCUCGGCACGCCGCACAAGUCGAGCUGGCCAGGUCUAACGGAUAUGCCUUGGUUCGAGCUCUUGAGACCCGGCGUGAGGAAACCAAACGUAUUCGCAGAGCAGUACGAGGACAAGCUGCCGCCCGCCGCGUUCAAACUCAUGGGCGAGAUGCUGCAAUAUGACCCGCUCAAACGGCCGACGGCCGCCCAGGUGUUGGAGCAUCCUUACUUUACCACCGAGUCACCGGCCCCGCGGCAAGCAGUGGAGCUCCAACACGUAGACGGUGACUGGCACGAGUUCGAGAGCAAGGCGCUACGGCGCGAAAACGAGCGAAAGGAUCGAGAAGCUCGCAAGGCUGCUGAGAAGGGAUCUGGUUCCACAAGCAAGGACAACAAGGAUUCCCGAAAACGACCUCCAGAGGCGAACGAUGCAAACCGCGAGACCAAGCGCCAGCACGUUGAGAAGUCAGCAGAGGCAGCUUCGGGUGCUGGCGAGGUGAUCCCGUCCAAGAAGGCCUAG